AUGGACGAUCUCACUACGUUCCUCAACAGCGUCGAGUCCAGCGCUCGGAAGAUCCUCAAGCAGCAGAACAAGAAGCAGCAGCAACAGGCCGCCAGAGACCGCGUGGCACUCAUCAAGGGGUCGAUUCAAAAUGCACCGGAGACCAAUAGUUCAAGCUACACGCCUACGCGGGAAGUGCUACGAGCUACGUAUGCAUCAGGCGGCUCUCUCGUCAUUCCAGCUCCGAUAUCUCGGGCUACCUGCAUCAACCAGCGAUCAUCCAACCCGCCACGUUCACUGAGUCGGAGCGAAGAUUCGAGUGACGACGGAAAUUUGCCAAGAUUGCCACCUGCGCGCUCUCCAGUGGCUUCCAUGCCGCCUGGGAGCAUUUACUCGCCACUAAAACUACCAACGAUCAAUCGGAAAGGGAAGCAGGCGUCAAGCGCAAACAACACACCUGAUAAACGAUCACCGGCGCUGAAGUUGCUCGAGUCGCCGUUGUACAAGUCGCUGACGAAGCUUCGCGCCGAUACAGGUGGGUUUGGCUCAGCUGGGACGUCACCGGGCCAGAAACUCAAGAAGACACUGCAGAACGUGGAUAAUGUGGCGUUGCUACUGCGAAAGAUGGGGCUGCAUGACUCGACUGGAGCUGCGUCUCCAGCUCAUCGAGCGGAUCACGCUGUUGACAAGCGAAUGUGCAACGCGUGCUGGGCCAAACCUGAUAAAAUCACGGGCUGUGAACAUCAUUCCCGAGUUUAUCCAACAGGCAAAAGUGCCAAAAGUAUUGAGGGAGAUGCGCUAUCAUUUCUGACGAGCAUGGAGUUGCAGGGACCCACAAGUUGGCUAUCAGAUGAUAUUUUCGUCAAGUAUCGCAGUGAGAAAGAUCGCGAGAAAUUGUGGUUUGCCUAUGUGGAACUAAAAACGAAGCAACAAGAGAUCGAAGCGCGCGGCACUGCAAAUGCCAAAGAACAGGCCAGUCUUGCCGUCAUUCCCAUCGUGACACGACACCCAAUUUGUGCACUGUUCGAGACGCUUCAAAACCUGGAGAAUCUGCGCACGCAAGCUGAAACUCGCAAGCGCAAUCUGACAAAGACGUUCGUCUUCGACGUGAAUCACAUUUGGCUCACGAAUCUUGAUCACUUUAAUCAUCGACCUGCCAUCCAUCAUAUAUCGGACUCACCAGAAGAAGAAUGCGAGCUCAUUGACCCUGAAAGCCUCGCGCUUAGUGAUCGACGAGACGAGCGAGCGAUACGAGAAGGAUAUUCACAGAUCCAGUCGAUUUCGACUGAACGAGCGUUGAAACGGGUUGUAUCCAUUGGAGGUGGGUCUUCCUAUCAACGACAAUCGCCGCAAGACAACUCGCUGCGUACUACGAGCACUCGACGACGCAAACCUUCGUCGAUAAGAGGAAAUGACUUUCGACCGUUGAGUUUGCUGGUCUGUGGUCGAUGGAGUCCUGAAGGCCACCCCAACGCACUACAAAGCGUGCCAGGAGUGGCUCUCGUGGGGGAUGGGCCUGUGCUGUGGUGGCGGUACGAUCCCGAUCACGAAACUUCAGAGGAAGGGGAACGUCCGCCAGAAUACACCAAGACAGUGGCUCUAUUCGAACGCAACAGCAAGUUAUCGUCCUCGAACGCCAUCCUCGUGGUGCUGGUCCUUGCGUUGGACGCACCGAUCCUGUCGCCUGUGUGGUUUGCAUGGCACGUCGGCUCCAAGAUGCCGCCUCCGGAGCUCGAGGCCGCGGUCUUCAGCCUUGCAGAGGCCGAAACAGGCUUUGGUCGAGUCAUGGUCUUCGUUUCUCCCUGUCUCGGUAGUCUGCGAAGUACACGCUUAGACUCAGUAUUGGACGAGUUGCUACCUGGAACCAUAACACUACUCAACGACGCUGCAGAGGAAGAAGAUCAUUGGCUGCAACUCGUAGAGCAGUCGUCGUCACCCGUGGGACAUCGUCGAGGUUGGGGCGAAUUUACAGAUCGACAUACAUUCCGACAUUGGCUUUUACUGACACAAGGCGGUACCAUCACUCCUCGUUUCGAUGUUGUUGCACAGUUUUGCAGUGUGACUAUUGCACACCCUAACGCCCCUGGUGUAUGCGGUCGAUACUGCUGGCAUGAAGUAGACCCCGUCGAGAAACUCUUGUGUCGACGUCGCGUGGAGAAAGAUCUGCUGUAUAUUAUCCAGAAUCACUUGACUAGUGGACCCAACGACCCCAGUUACUUCAGUGCGCUCAUGAGCCAUGAGACCAUGGCAGACGUACUAGGAGCUCGACUGUCGAGCUACUUGGCCAUGGUAGCAGAGCGUGAAGCUCGUGCUGCCUACGAGAAGAAACUCUAUGAGAUCGAACAGAAACUCGAAGCCGGUCGCUUGGCACUGGAAGCGAAACGACAAGAGCAGAAGCGGUUAGAGCAGGAACUUGAGGCUGCAGCAGCCCAAGCUGAAGCUCGCAGCAAAGGCGGAAUUAACAGCACGACGGAAGACGCUGUGGUACAGGAAUGGGCUCAGAGAAUGGCCGGGUCGGCUGUGGUCGAGCUGCAAGGACUGUGGGAGAUGCGAGAGAUCACUCUCGACUCCAGCGGUGUUGUGUUCUACCACUCGUUGAAUGAGGGACUACCCGUGACGAGACGAUUCCAAUGGGGACAACCGGAAGAAUGGAAGGCAAGCGAGGGAAACGAAGACGAAGAGUCCGAGUCGUCCGUGACGUCCCGAAGCGAGCUGUCCGCUGGUAGUUUUACGGUCUCCACUAUCACAAGCAAGCAACAAGUGAAUUCAGAAGCUCAGCAAGAGUUGAUGCGGUCUCUGCUCGAAGACGAACAGUUCUUGCAGCAACUUAAAGCGAAACUGGGCUUGACGUCGAGAUCCCGGCCGGCAUCUCGAGCCGCAGCACGUUCCGGCAGACGCAGUCUCGUGUUUGAGGACCGAGAGGACGAGAAUGACGCACGACAAGUUGAUCUAAAGGACGAAAUGGAUGCGCUGGUGGAUGAAGCUAUGGACCGAUCCAAGUCGGCUCUGGUAGCAGCCAAAGUGGCCAAACUACAGCUUAAACUACCGCAGACUACCGGAGUUAGGGUUCCCCAGCCAGUCAACCCUCGCGGUGAAGGCUGGAAACGACUCAAGACUUCGCGUUUGCCACCAAAUUUCGCUCGCACCGUGUAUAGCACACACACCGAGGGGCCUCGCUCAAGUUUCAUGAACCAGACAAACCACGCGACACUCGUGGGCAUGCUGGACCCCGCAGAUUGUUCGCCCUACGACCCUCCCGAGUUCAUCCCCGAGCUGCGAGCGCAUUUCGUGCCGCGAGUGGCGGAGGAUCUUCACGAGAAGAAGAGGCAAUGGGCCGAACUCAUGCGCUCGCAGCAGGCAGAGACGCCGAACGCAGUCGCUCGACGUGGAGCAGUGUCGGUAGAGCCGACCGACGACUUAUUCGAGCACGACACACGGCAACCGAAUAAAUCCAAGGAGCAGAUUGAAGCUCGUGCUCUACUUUGCGCUCGCAACAACAACCUCGAAGGCCUCGAGCUGGCGCUGGACCAGGGUGUGGAUGUCAACGCACGCGACAACCACGGCAACACGCUGUUCAUUCUAGCGUGCCAACAGGGCAACAAGCGUCUGGCCAAGUUCCUUCUGCGUCGUCGUGCAGACAUGAAUCUGCAGAACUUGAACGGGAACACCGCACUGCACUAUCUGUAUGCGUACAAGCACACGGAUCUGGCUGAGUAUCUCAAGGCGAAAGGAGCUAAGGACACGACCCAGAACGCCGCUGGUCUCACGUGCUACGAGGGUCUCAGCCAGGACGACGUAGACAGCAUCUAA